AUGGCUUCCAAGAAUAAGUAUUCCGUGAUCCUCCCAACCUACAACGAACGACAGAAUCUGCCUGUUCUGGUGCAGAUGCUCUCAGAUGUCUUCACCAAAGAGAAAUUGGAUUGGGAGGUUAUCGUCGUGGACGAUGCAUCCCCCGACGGUACCCUCGAGCGAGCGAAAGAACUCCAAAAAGCCUUCGGGCCCGAUCAUAUCGUGCUGAAGCCACGAGCAGGCAAAUUGGGCCUGGGCACUGCCUACGUCCACGGUCUACAGUAUGUGACGGGCAACUUCGUCAUCAUUAUGGAUGCCGAUUUCUCGCACCAUCCUAAAUUCAUCCCCGAGUUCAUCAAGAUCCAAAAACAGACUGGUUGCGACAUCGUCACUGGAACGAGGUACAGAUCAAGACCAGGUCUGAUUGGGGGCGUAUACGGCUGGGAUGCAAAGAGGAAGUUGACAAGUUGUGGCGCCAACAUUCUCGCGGAUUUCCUGCUGAAUCCCGGCGUGAGUGACUUGACCGGUUCAUUCAGGUUAUACAGGAAGGAGGCUCUGGUUACGGUCAUCGAGAGAACUGAGUCGAAGGGUUACACGUUCCAGAUGGAAAUGAUGGUCAGGGCGAAAGCAAUGGGACUCAAAGUCGAAGAGUGCCCGAUCACCUUUGUUGACAGACUAUACGGAGAGAGCAAACUGGGCGGGGAAGAGAUUGUCGAAUAUCUCAAAGGCUUACUGUGGCUAUGGUGGUCGGUAUAG